AUGCCAAGGACACCUCGGGCGACUACUGUUUUACAAAAUAUUAGUACUGGCAUUUCUUUAACAUGUGAGGUUAACUGCGGACAAAGCCAGUUAUUGACCCCUGUGGCUAGAACAGUGGCAGCCUCUCCAGACCGCAGACUUGGUGCUUCUAAUCCUUCACCAAUUAUUAUUGAUCAGUAUGGACAAACACCGGACCAUUAUUAUUUAGCAAGAAAUCCACCUAAACCUCCACCAGCUAGAAACCAGGUGAAACGACGUUUAGAUUUAGAAUGUCCAGAGGGAAGCAGUGACAGCGAAGGUUUCAAAACACCCAGGGCUAAAAGAGGACGAUUUUCUUCUGUCAGUUCUUAUGAUAGUCCUAAAGUAAAAUCACCAGCAGAGAAAACAAGGUAUGAUACGUCGCUGGGACUUCUUACAAAACGUUUCGUCGGCUUGUUGACAGAUGCACAUAAUGGAGUGGUUGAUCUGAAUAAAGCUUCUUCACUUCUUGAUGUCCAAAAACGUCGUAUUUAUGACAUCACAAACGUAUUAGAAGGAAUAGGACUUAUAGAGAAGAAAUCAAAGAACAACAUACAGUGGAGAGGUGAUCACUCUACUGUUUCUGGAGCUCAGGCAAAGCUGGAACGAGAUCUGGACUUAUUAGAUGCCAAGGAAAACCAGCUAGAUGAGCUUAUCCAAUGUGCAAAGCUAGAGCUAAAAAUGGUGACAGAAGCAGAAGAAAAUAAAAGAUAUGCUUAUGUAACAUACCGUGACCUUCGCUGCACGCCAACACUUGCUGAUCAGACAGUAGUGGCAGUUAAAGCUCCUCCUGAUACGAGACUGGAGGUGCCUGAUCCUCGAGAAAAACUACAGAUUUGGCUAAAGAGUGAAAAUGGAGAAAUUGAGGUUUACUUGUGUCCAGAUGAUGAGGAAAGACAACAUCGAAAUGAAGGGACGUCUUCAGGGGUUGAAGAUACUGAUUCUAGAGAUAGCUUGAAAGGAGAUCCAGCUUUAAAAUAUGCAUUGAUUUCUGAAGAUGAUGAUUUGGCUCCCAUGGGAAAGAACUUCUUAUUACAAACUGAAGAUCAGAAUGAUGAUCCUUUGCCCUUCCUACACUUUGAACCCCCCCUUUCAGAGGAUGACUACAGCUUUACCCUUGAUGAUGCAGAAGGUUUAUCUGACCUUUUUGACGAAUAUAACCUUCCUGUAUGA